AUGGCUCGCCUGUUCCUUUGCAUUCAUUUUGUCCUACUGUUACUGCUGCAAAUAAGGUCCCCAUCCGCGCUGGAGAUGAUAUACGGUGCACAUCGACUUACCUGUGGCCAGGUAAAAGACAUUUGGCCUCUUAGGUUUUCUUAAAUUGUUUUUCAAGUGUGUUUCAAAUCAUUUCUAUUCUAAAGGUAAUAUUGCAAGUACUGUAUUUAGGCUAUAAAUACUGGUAAGAUAUAGCUAUUGCACACAAGUAUGAUUGUGCAGAUAGAUAUAUUGUUAUUUGUGUGUGUGUUUGUGUGUGUGUGCAUGCUUGUGUGACUUUCUUUACCACAUGCAAAUUCAUGUUGGCUGUGUCUGUGGGAGGGGUGGGGGGAGGGGAGGGGAGGGCACAUACAAAAACCCAACCAAACAGACAAGCUCUAGUUCACUUGCAGGCACCAUGAUAAUUUAUUAAUUUAUUCAUUCAUUUCAUUUGAAAAGUAAUUUGUCAUAUCUAGUCAAGAGGCUGUCAGAAAGAAAACAUCACAAUGAACCUUAACCUGCUCUCUCUGCAGUAACCAAAUUCCUGAUCUAGUCUGGUGUAUGUGCAUUAAGUCAACACUGGUUAUACGCUUGAUCAGUUUGAGUGAACAGAUUAAUGUUUUUAUUGGCAUGCUGUUGCACAGUCUGUACUGUAGAACAGAGUUUCCCAAACUCCGUCCUGCCUGGUCUGUAUGUUGUAGGAAAUCACUCUCUCUGUGCCUCCCGAGUGGCGCAGUGGUCUAAAGCACUGCAUCGCAGUGCUAGCUGUGCCACUAGAGAUCCUGGUUCGAAUCCAGGCUCUGUCGUAGCCGGCCGCGACCGGGAGACCCAUGGGGCGGCGCGCAAUUGGCCCAGCGUCGUCCAGGGUAGGGGAGGGAAUGGCCGGCAGGGAUGUAGCUCAGUUGGUAGAGCAUGGCGUUUGCAACGCCAGGGUUGUGGGUUUGAAAAAUACAAAAAAUUAUGUAUGCACUCACUAACUGUAAGUCGCUCUGGAUAAGAGCGUCUGCUAAAUGACUAAAAUGUAAAAUGUAAAUGUGCUCUCUCCUUAGGGUCUGACUGACUGCAGUGUAAAAGGUGAGACCAUACAAAGAAAGUAAAAUAUAUAUAUAAUGCAUUAUAAGCCAAAUUACACUGAACAAAAAUAUAAAUGCAACAUGUAAAGUGUUGGUCCCAUGUUUCAUGAGCUGAAAUACAAAAUCCCAGAAAUGUUCCAUACGCACCAAAAGCUUAUUUCUCUAAAGUGUGCACAAAUUUGUUUACAUCCAUGUUAUUGAGCAUUUCUCCUUUGCCAAGAUAAUCCAUCCACCUGACCGGUGUGGCAUAUCAAGAAGCUGAUUAAACAGCAUGAUCAUUACACAGGUGCACCUUGUGCUGGGGACUAUAAAAGGCCACUUUAAAAGGUGCAGUUUCGUCACACAACACAAUCCCACAGAUGUCUCAAGUUUUGAGGGAGCAUGCAAUUGGCAUGCUGACUGCAGGAAUGUCCACCAGCGGGGUGGGGGUGUUGAGGAGUAUUUCUGUCUGUAAUAAAGCCCUUUUGUUGGGGAAAAACUCAUUCUGAUUGGCUGGGCCUGGCUCCCCAAUUGGUAGGCCUGGCUGCCAAGUGGGUGGGCCUAUGCCCGCCAAGGCCCACCCAUGGCUGCACCCCUGCCCAGACAUGUGAAAUCUAUAGAUGUAUUUAUUUCAAUGGACUGAUUUCCUUAUAUGAACUGUAACUCAGUAGAAUCUUUGAAAUUAUCAUAUUGACAUCGUGAUAAGUUAACCCUCUCGCUCUCUCUCUCUCUCUCUCUCUCUCUCUCUCUCUCUCUCUCUCUCUCUCUCUCUCUCUGCAUCUUAGAUGUUGCCCUUCCUGUCAUGAAAGGUCCUGUGAAUGUUAGGUGGUUGGAGCUUAGAGUGAUUCUGUGUUGCACCAGCAGACAUGACUGCAAACCCUGCCUGCGAGUCCAGGUCUUCUUCACAAUCAAAGGUAACCCGUACAGCUUCAAGCAUUCAGCUGCAGCAAAAUCUCUCUCGUCCUAGACACUGUGAUUAGUCUAGUAAAUCCUACCCUUGAUACAUUGUGGCCUGCCUAGGGAGACACUGUGAUGCACACUAAUGUCUCAAUGCAUUAUUCCGCAGUCCUUAACCAUAACACUACCACUACCCCUAACAGGACUAACCUUAACUCCAACAGGAUGUCACUGUGCCUGGGACUUUUGUGUGUACUGCAGGAUACUAUUGAUAGGUUGUAGUUUUGGGGCUUUUGCAGCUUUGCUGUUCUCAGCACAUGAUAUGGUGUUGCUGUUUCUGCCGUCUCAGAUCAGCAUGAGGACCAGGAAGUGUCUGCUGACCACGGUAACAAAGAUUACAACCCUAAGCAGAAGGAAGAGGGAGAAAGGAGUGCCCUAGGGAUGCCACCCAGCCAAACAGGUAAGAACAAAUAUUGUGCCAAAAGAGAUAACACACACACACACACACACACACACACACACACACACACACACUCAUUGGGGGAACUGUAUAUGGUCAAGUCAAAUAAAUGAUGGUCUCACUGUGUUUGCUAACUUCAUAUUAACUGAAUGUCUUUCAACCUUUUGACUGUGUUGUGCACUUUCUCAUGAAAACUACAAUAGUUGCUCUGCUGUCUCUCCUACUGUAUAUGUUCCAGAAGCUUCUGUAACAUUGUGUUACAGCUACCCACACGUCAUUGAUCGCUGCAAGAAAGUGACAUUUACAUUGAGCCAUUCAGCGCUGGGGGACCAGCACUCUCCUGAGGUAAAUUCCCUCCAUCACCUGUCAUUGAACUGUUGUCUAUUAAAAAUGUUAUGGUUAUUUUGGGGAACUUUGGGCACUGCUAGGGUUGUUUAGUUGACAGGACAUGUUUGAUUUCUGCAGAUGUGGCUAUCUUUAUUGCUGGUGCCAGUACCAUAUGGAAGUCCAGUCAAGGUCUAUGCAUUAUCUACCUCAGGAACCACCAUUAUCCCCUCUUUACAAAAUGGUAAGAAUAAUAUAUAUCAUACAUUUAUACCACAACUGUACUGUAGGCUAUGCAUUUUAUUAAUCAGAUCAUGUAUUUUGACAACCACUCUCUCCCCCUCUUUCUGUCUUGAAGUUUGUUCCCCAAACCUAGAUGGUGUUGUGAAAGAAUGUGAUGGUGAGUCAUUAUUAUUUUAAGUUGCAAUCAUUUUCAUCAGUACACUGUUCUCUGCAUCCUCAUGUAUUGCACUGAGCCUGAUUUAGUUUUAUGCCACCAUUUAAACCCCUGAUUGACUGACAUCUGAUUGGCUGAUUCAUGUCUCAGUGCCCAGGCUCCAAGCUGUGAUUGAUGAGAAGAGAGAUGUGGCUGUGCUCAAAUUAAAGAGUUCUAACGAAACACCGACCAGUGGGAUGAGCAUGUGUCAGAUGUCCGGGACUGAAGAGCUUGGAUUCUGCAGAAUCCAGGAGUGGGUCAGUCUGUCUGUUACCGUUGAAAGUCUGUCUACUUGUCUAAAUAAUUUAGCAUCAUCCUUAGCUUGUAAAGCACACAUUUUUAUAAGGUCAAGCUGUAACCUCUUUGCUCACUGUCACCUUCUCUUCCUAAAUUCCUUUCUUCUUCUUUCAGCAAGAGGGCCAGAGAGAGAUGAUAAUCCCGCUGAGGUCUAUAGCGCCCUGUCUGUGCUUUAAGGUAAACAUUGCUUGAUUUGGCUGCAGCUCGGCAUAAAAAAGCUGAGGAACAACCUGUUUCCAAUGCUGAAUUGAAGAUUGAUAUAAUUUGACAGAAAAUGAAACAUUUUGUAAUCAUUAUCAUGCAGGAGUCACAUGCACAUUCCUUGUCUGUGGCUUUACAUCAGGUUUGGUGGAAGGGAAAGAAUCUACGCAGAGAGAUCUGCCCCUUCAUGAACAACAAAGGUAAGGGGACCAGUGGCGGCUCCUGAAAAAAUUCUCAGGAGGGGCAAUUUUUCUGAUGAUUUAGGUGACCUACACACAUUUUUAAAAAGAUAUGUCCAGCAACAACAUGAAGACAGGGGCAGCAUAUAAGUCAAUACCAGAAGCAUUUAUUGACUGAUCUCAAAAGUGUUGGCUUACAAAAGCAAAAUAAGUUAUCACAGUAAAAAUAAUCAAGGGUGUUCUUUCACAUUCCUCAACACUGCAUAAACAAUAUGUAUGGCUUUGUAAAAAUGAACAACCAUAUUCUGGCCAAUUGUAUAGAUUUGUAAAUAUGAACAACCAUAUUCUGGCCAAUUGUAUAGAUUUGUAAAAAUGAACAUGAACAGAUUUUUUAUUUUUUUGAAUGGCAGUUACCUUCAAACAUGUCUGCUUGCAGUAAGGUAGCACUCACAAGGUGGCCAGAGAAAGAGAACCUUUCUUUGGUGUGAUCCAGGAUGGUGUUGCAGACCUCUUCAGACAGCCUCUGCUUCUCCUCUUCUCUCAAAGCUGUUCUGGGUCUUUUGGCUCCUGUUGCUUCUUGCAGCUGCUGUUGAGAGGAGUCCCUGGAGGCAAACAGAACCAAUGUGUUUGUUGGCUUUGUACAGUAUUGUUGUCUAUGUGAUGCACAGGUAUAUGCAAUGUAUCCAUGUUAGUACAAAUACUUCAGUUCCACUUAAAAUGGGCAGGGAUGCAUAAAGUCUUAGUGUUUAAGUUAGCCUUUGUGUCUCACAUAGCCUGGAUGUUCAGCACAGUAUACAGUGGUGCUCAUAAGCUUAUGAUCCCAUGCUAAGUGACAAACAGGGAAUAAGAAGAAAUUGGUGUCCUUAGGUUGGAUUUCCCUUUUAUUAAGUCAUUAAGAUCAAUUUCCAAAGAUGAUUUUUUAUUUUUAUUCCUCUUUUAGUCAGCUUUAAAUGUUCAUACACUUAUGAUCACCACGUACAGUAACACUAGUUUAAAAUAGAUAGAUACACCCUGCCAUAUAAAUUACAUUAUGUAUUUCAAACACAAAUGCAGGGCUCCUUUCAGCAACUUUAAAUAAAGCUCUGCUUGAGAAGAUCGAUAUAUGUUAAUCCUUUAUCUUACCUAAUGGUAACAUGCUUUGCGCAGCUCGAUAAAGCUUUGAUAAGACAGCAUCGUGUCCUAUCGUGCUUCUGACGUGGUGCAAGAACCAUGCCGUCGGAUGCUCAAAAAUUCUUGACGUCGAUACUGAACAGUGUUCACGCUGUAUUGAUCCUCACGGAGUCGACAGCCUAUUCCUGUUCUCUCUUGUGGCAAUCUUCCCAAUCAGGUUCUGGACAGGAAAGGAUCUUCGCAAGGGAUUUCUCCUUCAUACACAAGGUAGGUGACCAAUAAAUUGCUUCCUACCGCGCUGCUUCUGGACUUAGUUAUCUAAAGCGAAUGCCACCUCGCACCGUUUCAGAAGUAUGUGAAACCAAAUUGAAGUAGAUAGGGUAACAGCUGUGAAAUUUAUGUCAAUCCAGUUAGUUCUAAUGGAGUGAUUUACAGAAGGUGAUGAUGAUAAUUGGUUUUGUUCCCUUUAUUUUGAGCAGUGUAUAUCUACAUUAUACCACAACUGUACUGUAGGCUAUGCAUUUUAUUAAUCAGAUCAUGUAUUUUGACGACCACUCUCUCCCCUCUUUCUGUCUUGAAGUUUGUUCCCCAAACCUAGAUGGUAUUGUGAAAGAAUGUGAUGGUGAGUCAUUAUUAUUUUAAGUUGCAAUCAUUUUCAUCAGUACACUGUUCUCUGCAUCCUCAUGUAUUGCACUGAACUGAUUUAGUUUUAUGCCACCAUUUAAACCCCUGAUUGACUGACAUCUGAUUGGCUGAUUCAUGUCUCAGUGCCCAGGCUCCAAGCUGUGAUUGAUGAGAAGAGAGAUGUGGCUGUGCUCAAAUUAAAGAGUUCUAACGAAACACCGACCAGUGGGAUGAGCAUGUGUCAGAUGUCCGGACUGAAGAGCUUGGAUUCUGCAGAAUCCAGGAGUGGGUCAGUCGUCUGUUACCGUUGAAAGUCUGUCUACUUGUCUAAAUAAUUUAGCAUCAUCCUUAGCUUGUAAAGCACACAUUUUUAUAAGGUCAAGCUGUAACCUCUUUGCUCACUGUCACCUUCUCUUCCUAAAUUCCUUUCUUCUUCUUUCAGCAAGAGGGCCAGAAGAGAUGAUAAUCCCGCUGAGGUCUAUAGCGCCCUGUCUGUGCUUUAAGGUAAACAUUGCUUGAUUUGGCUGCAGCUCGGCAUAAAAAAGCUGAGGAACAACCUGUUUCCAAUGCUGAAUUGAAGAUUGAUAUAAUUAGACAAAUAUUAACCUAUAAAUGGCACAAGCAUUGCUUCUGGCUUUCCAUCAGGUUGAAGGGUUCGAUAGUUGCCCUAACAAACAAAAAGGUAAGGGGACCAAUAAGAUUCCUUCCCUACCGCAGAAACCUUGCUUCUGGACUUGAAGGGUUUGAUAUUCUAACAGCCAAAUGCCUCCAUUCCUCUCUCAGAGCUUUUCAGAAGUAUGUGGCACAACAACGUAUCUGUGUCAGUGGAGGCUCAGACUAGUGCAGAGAACGGCACAGCACUGAGCUGGAACAUCACUGCCCCCUGCCAGCUAGAGGGGGAACUGUGGCUGUGCAGGAGGGACUCAGUGGGGGGGCAGUGUGAGGAAGUGAUGGGAACCAGGCAGAGGAUGCACAAUCACACACACGCCGGGUGGACGGCCGCUCUCCACGGACACUGGGUAAUGCCAACUUUGUGAAAAGUCUACUUACCCAUUACCUUUAAUAAUGUGUAUAAUAAUAUAUGCCAUUUAGCAGACGCUUUUAUCCAAAGCGACUCACAGUAGUGCAUGCAUACAUUUUCGUAUGGGUGGCCCCAGCAGGAAUCAAACCCACGACUUUGGCAUUGCUAAAUCACAGAGGACUAUCUGGUGUUUUCCUGAUGACUAACAGUGUGUAUGUGUUUGGAUGUGUCUUUUGUCAGAAAAGAGGAGAGUUCAUCAAUGUGAACCCCCAUCCUGCUCUGUGUGUUCAGGUAAGACCUUUUCUUUCCUUUCACACUUGUCCAAUGACUAUUGGGCAACAUGCACUGUAUAAAUGAAAAUGUGAGCCUGUAUUUACUGAGAAGUGUUUGUGUCUGACACUGUACUGCUUCUUGUUGUCUAGAUGAAAGUGCAGGGGAUGGAUACAAAGCUGGAUCCCUUAAUAUGUCCAUUUGCAAGUACGAAUUUCAUCCCUGAGCGUCAAUAUGUCAUGCAUUUUCAUACAAUUGAUCUAUAAUGAUUGAUUAUCUGGCCACCUCCAAAACUACUGGCGCCCUUGAUAAAGAUGAUUUUAUCGAGCUAUAUUGUAUGUUCACUUUUUAUUUUAUUUUAUGUGUGUUUGAACCACAAGUUCUCCCUGGUAGACGCAACCAGGUUUUUGGGCUAAAAUUUUCUGGUACUUGGUAGAGUUCAUGAUGCCGUUGACCUUAACAAAGGCCCCAUGACCAGUGGAAGCAAAACAGCCCCAUAACAUCAAAGAUCCAACACUAUAUUUUACUAUAGGUAUGAGGUUAUUUUCGGCAUAUGCAUCCUUCGUUGACAAAAACCCACCGCUGGUUUGCGUGGUUAAAGACCUCUAUUUUCAUCUGACCAUAGCACCCGGUUCCAAUCCUAGUGCCAAUGCCGUUUAGCAAACUCCAGGCAUUUACAUUUGUUGGUUGCUCUCAAUAAAGGAUAUUUUCUGGCAACCCUGGAGACUAAGUGACCCCCAAGAUGUGACCAAAUUCUGUAAUUCUCCAACUGAUGCCCUUCGAUUUUCCGUUGCCUCCCGAACCAUCUUCGUCACUGUGCGUGGGGAUAAGAUACACUUACCACUGUUCAAGUGGUUUUACACUUUUUAAUACUUGCCCUAAUAGUGGUAAGUGGUAUAAUUAAGCAAUACGCCUGGGGGUGUGGUAUAUGGCCAACAUACCACAGCUAAGAGCUGUUCUUAUGCACGACGCAACGCAGAGUGCCUGAAUACAGCCCUUAGCCGUGGUAUAUUGGCAACAUAUCACAAACCUCCGAGUGCCUUAUUGCUUAAUUAUACCACAUAUCACUAUUAGGGCAAUAAUUAAAAAGUGUAAAACCACUUGAACAGUGGUAAACUGCUGGUAAGUGUAUCCUGUCACCACGCACAGUGAGGCAGACGCCUUAUUGCUAUUAUAAACUGGUCACCAAUGUAAUUAGAGUAGUAAAAAUACAUGUUUUGUCAAACCCGUGGUAUACAGUCUAGCCAAUCAGCAUUCAGGGCUCGAACCACCCAGUUUAUAAUUAUUGUUGGUGUAUUACUUGUUAUACAACAUGCAAUUGUAUUAUUAUAAAAUCAUAUAUUUUCCCAACUUUUUUUGCAAACAGCUCAGAAUUUGUAUUACUUAAUUUAUACAGUCUUUUCUUGCUCAUCUUUAUCAAAGGUUCCAAUAAUUUUGGAGGUGACUGUAUUAACUCAACUGAUGAAGUUAACCAUAUUGUUAAUUGUAUAUCAGUGUCGAUAGUAUAGACCAGGUUAGCUCAUUGGUUAAUCUCUGUCUCUCUAACACGCAGCAUAGAGAUUAGUGCUCUAUUAGCUAAAAGGAUAUUUGGCAGAAAUAAUGGAUACAGUCAUGGAUUAUGAGGCAUUGAUCCCCAGCUCUAUAUAAUCAGACAGACUUCCCCUAUAGCACCACGGAACCGAUGGAGUCUGACUCUCCUGAUUGGAUUAAUCUGUCUGGCGGUACUUGGGGCCUGCGUCAUCCAUGGUGCUCUCAAAGGUUAGUGAUGCAACUAUAUAUUCAUAAUAUUAUUAGCUAUCUCUGAAGCUAUGUAAUCACAUCUAAUAAAAUUAAUAUAAUACUACUUGCCUGGUUUCAAGCCUGAGAUGUUUAUUUCUAGAGUGUGAGGCAAAUUUCUCAGCUUGGUACUGAGGCUAGGACAGCACACACACAUCUCACCGUAAUGACUUUGCCAUAAUUACGAUGUGUGUCUGCUGACAGGAUACGUGUGGAGAUGGCUGAAAGACGAUGACAUAGGAGGUAAUAAUUUGCCCCUUCUAUUCACAGUCUCUAGUCUGAGUCCAAUUAUACACGUUCUUCACGUUUUAGAAGAAUAAGCGCUCUCUCUCUUGAUUUCCUUCCCUCUACCUCCCUUACCUUUGUCCUUCUUCUCCCUCUCCAUCCCUUUUCUCUACACGCCCCUCCCCCUCUCUCCCUCUCUCAGGUGCAGUAGGAGGCAGCCAUAUCGUGUUGCUGUACCCUCCUGACAGUGAUCAGGCUCUGCCGGGGCUGCUGUGCCGUUUGGGCACGUCCCUGUCCUCUCUGGGCUUCAGUGUGUCUGUUGACCUGUGGAGCCGGGACUGAGCUCAGUGUCCUGGGACCUGUUCCAUGGCUCCACUCCCGGCUGGACUGCCUGCAGAGACAGGGGGGCAAAGUGGUGCUGGUGCUGACCCAGGCAGCCUGGGAGAGGGCAGAGGAGUGGGGCAGCAGGGGAUGGGAGAGGGACACUCUCCGGGGGAGUGGGUGUGACGAGGAUGGGGAGGCAGUGGAGGGGUGUCGUUCUCCAUAUUUGGAUGUCUUCAGCGCUUCACUCACCUGCAUUCUGGCGGACAAUCUGCAGGGCCGCGCCGGCGAACGCUUCACCCUGGUGCAGUUUGAGUCUCUGCCCACCCAGCCUCCUGGUGGUGGCCGCCCCCUGCCUGAGCUCUUCAGGGGGAUGCAGCUCUUCAGCCUCCCCUCCCAGAGCCUGGGGUUCCUGACUGAACUGGCUUUGGGGCGAGGUAGGGGGGCAGCCUCAUGGGCACUGGCAGGGGGGCUCAGGGCAGCCUCACGGGCUCUGGCUGGUGGGCUGAGAGGGUCUGCGGGGGGUUCAGCAGUGUUACAGCUUGCAGGGCUGCCACAGGACUGUGUUGGUGCAGGGGUGGAGGACCCCUGGGAGUCUGUGCCUCUGGAGCCGUGUCUCACCACCCCACCAUCCAGUCCUGACACCUGCACCAAGACCAGCGGGAUGGAGUGGGUCUGA